GUGGAACUUCGUCAGCUUUGAGUGGUCUCUAUUAAAACCUCUCCUGCAACCGUUGGAUUACUUCCAUCUCCAUCAUCCAACGGUCAAGACUUUUACACAACUUUGAAAAAAAAAUAGAAAUAAAUACACUGAAAACAGAGUCUCUCUCUCUCUAAUGAAGAACAGAGUCUCCGGCGAGAUAACCGGCGUAUUCGCCUGAGAGUAUGGGACUUCCUUUGCUGACUUGUGGUACGACGAGACUCGCUUUCUCAUCUUCUCCGUCGUCUUCUUCAUGGUGUAGGAGUAACCGUAGCUCUAGGCUCUUGGAUUCUCCGGCGAGUUCGAGAUCGGAGCUGCGGAGGCGUAGCGGGAAGAGAAAGAGUCUUUCUUUGGAGAAAUCGAGGGAAGUUAAAGCGUCUUCGUCGGGACAGAGCAGCGGCGAAGUGAUCGACACCGACGGAGAUACGGCGACGGCGGCGGCGACGGCGGCGACGGCGGCGAGGGGUUUGGCGGGAGAUGUAACGACGGUGGGAAGUUUCGGAAGCGGGGGGUUGGCCGGAGCUUCGGGAGAGGUGACGUCGGUGGGGGAGUUUGUCGGUGGAAGCGGCGGAGAUUGGGAUAAGAUCGGAGCUGUUGUGAGGCUGAGUUACGGAAUCGGAAUAUACUGUGGGAUGGCAAUGGCGGGAAGGUUUAUAUGUGAAGUAGCGGGGAUUGAUUACAGUGGUGGUUUUAGUGUUUCUUUAGAUGCUAUUAUUGCUGGUCUUGGUUUUGCUUCUCCACCAAUCAUGGCUCUUCUCUUCAUUCUUGAUGAUGAAGUUGUGAAGGUGUCACCACAUGCUCGUGCCAUUAGAGAUGUUGAAGAUGAAGAGCUUCGUGGCUUCUUCCAUGGAAUGUCUGCUUGGCAGUUUAUCUUAGUAGUUACUGCUAGUUCAAUUGGAGAAGAGCUCUUUUAUCGAGCUGCGUUUCAAGGUGCAUUAGCUGAUAUAUUCCUAAGAGGCACAGAUCUCAUCUCGGAUUCUCGUGGAAUGGUCGCUUUGACAGGAAUCUUGCCUCCAUUUGUACCGUUUGCUCGAGCAUUUGCAGCCGCUAUUACAGCCGCUCUCACUGGUUCUCUCUAUUACAUCGCUGCUUCACCUAAAGAUCCUACUUAUAUAAUGGCACCCGUCUUGAAAACUCGUUCCGCACGUGAAGAGCUGAAGAAGUUGUUUGCAGCGUGGUACGAGAGAAGACAGAUGAAGAAAAUCUACUCGCCUCUUCUUGAAGGGCUGUUGGGUCUGUAUCUUGGCUUUGAAUGGAUUCAGACAAACAAUCUUCUGGCUCCUAUCAUCACACAUGGCAUAUACUCAGCUGUUGUAUUGGGAAAUGGUCUAUGGAAGCUUCACCAUCACCAGCAAAGGCUACGCCUACGGGUACAUAAGCUUGAAACUGAAGGCAACAACAACAACACAAGAUAGAUAAAGUAGCUGAACAAAACAUUAUUACCCUUUUGUGUUUUAAAGUUUUGUAAAUUGUCUUGAGCCACCAUUGACUUUGUACAAAUAUAAAUUAGAUAGAAGCAAAGUAAGUGUUUAGAACUAAUAAGAGGAGCAGCUACGUGAAGCUUUUAUUUUUAUUUGUCUUCAUUCUGAUUUUUUAGUCUUGUUCAAGUUGAGAAAUGAUUCUAACGAAG